AUGGAAGACAUAGCAGUAUACUGCUCCUGGGCUGAUGCGCAACUCAAUGCAGACCACUCAUUUCUCAAAGAACUUCCGACUGAAGUCCGAUCACUUAAUACCAGAUCAACAACAGCAUCUCAGUAUUUGGAGACACUUGCCAGUGCUACUCGGGAUCCCCGAUGUACAGAUGUGCUUUUCUCGCUAUACAAACCGCUCUUCCCCGAGCUGCUCGCCAGGUGGUCAACCCCUCCUCGCAGCACUGAUCUCACUGACACUAUCACCACCAUUUCAUGUCUGGCUCGGGUCCUGCCACUUGCGACGUAUCUGCGCCCUCAUGUCAAGUCGCUUCUUCGGUCAGACCAUCUGAGGCGUCAUCUGAUGGGUCUGAGGAGUGCUACCUCUGAGCUCCGUGACGACGAUGUCCAACAUACACUGCUACUCGCGGUCUUCCGCCUCCUCUCCGUUGACCGACGCAUCCUCGCUGACAUUGUCACUCCGGUCUUUUUCUCGUCCUUUUUACGCCAUCGCUCAUUGCCAGUCAGAUACCUGGCUGUCCAGUGCCUGUGCAUAACCAUGCAUUUUGCCGACGCUUUUUCCGAGACAAUGGUCAGGACGUACGUUGGCGAGGAGGCCAUCUUGGGGGAAUGGGAGGGCCGGACGAUUGACUAUCGACUGCUGAAGCUUUGGGAAGAGAGACGUUGGAAUGAUCUGACCCGUGCACAUGCCGAAAUUGAAAAGUCGUGGAAUUCAUUACAGACGCCACCUUCGAAUGCUCCCAAGCUGCUUGCUGCCAGUUUCUCACCACGCCUCGUUCAUAUCGGUGGGGUUCUUCACCUACCCUUGGGCGACCACACGCAAAGCCCCUCUAAGUCCUCUACUUCUUCGUUCAUCCCUACUGUCACGGCACAACACAAUUUACGUCAGCUUGGUGAGUGUUUGUUGGAUUCCCGACCGAUCCUCAUCCUGGGACCGGCCAGUUCCGGAAAGUCCUCGUUAGUUCACGAAGCCGCCAGGGCUCUAAAUCAAUCGUCGUCGAUGAUUACAUUGCAUCUCAACGAACAGACUGACGCUAAGAGUUUAUUGGGUAUACACACCUCUUCGGCGGAUGGCAAAUCUUUCACCUGGCAACCCGGUGUGUUGACCAAGGCCAUGCAACAAGGACGAUGGGUUCUGAUAGAAGAUAUUGAUCGUGCACCCGGGGAGGUUAUGGGAGUGCUGCGUCCACUUCUUGAGAACGGUGAUCUCUUUCUGGCUAGCCGUAACGAAAGAAUAUCUCCGAGAGAUGGUUUUCGCAUAUUGGCAACUAUUGAGUCAAGCGAGCAGGCUUCCCCCGUCGCAAAUUCUCGCCAGUCGUGGCUACUCAACCCCCGACUCUGGCGCACGGUCCAAGCGGCCAGCUACCCGCCUGAAGAGGUCGAGGCCUUGCUUCAUUCUCGAUAUCCUAAUGCUAGUGUUUUCAUUCCGACUAUCCUCCACAUUCACGGAAAUCUUCUUCGUCUAUACAAAGACAACUAUGCUCUGAAAAGACUCCAGACACGCAUGCCCUCUUUAAGAGACCUGCUCAAGUUGUUGAGAAGGAUGGAUCGCAGACUGGAGCGUCACGGCGCCAUUUCAAAAUCGGACCCUCUGCCCGAGCAAGCAAAAUUUGACAUAUUCAAGGAUGCUGUUGAUUGCUAUGCAGGCUACCUCGACAGCGCAGAGCUCCAUGAGCUGAUGGCUGAUAGUAUUGCUGCCGAACUGAACGUAUCACCCCAGCAGAUGCGGCAUGUUUUGUAUGAAACCUUUCCAACUGCUUCUGAGGACAAGGACGUGGUGCAGGUUGGACGAAGCCGCCUGAAAAUAGUCGCCACUCGCCGUCGACAGACCAAGACAGCACCUUUUGCAUUCACCAUUUCGGCCGGCAGGACUCUGGAUCGGAUUGCAGUGUGCGCGGAUUGUUCUGAACCGUGCCUCCUGGUUGGUGAAACUGGCGUCGGGAAGACAACUCUGGUGCAAUAUGUUGCCAACUUGGUAGGCCAGACACUUACUGUGAUCAAUCUUUCACGACAAAGCGAAGCUGGUGACCUGAUUGGGGGACUGAAGCCUGUAACAGUCCGAUCUCUGGUCCUCCCGAUUGUUGAAAGGUUUAACACCUUGUUCGAUGAUACUUUCUCUGCGAAGAGAAACGAGAAAUUCCAGACAGCCCUCGCGAGGGCAUUUGCGAAACAGAACUGGACGAGACUGCUGAUUCUGUGGAAUGAAGCCAUUCAAAUGGCGGCAAACUCUCUCAGCACUGCAGAACAUCCCCAAACUAAUGGAUCUGUCCAUGCCAAUAAGAAGCGUAGGCUAGACACACCGAGAUACGAAGUCUUGCGCGCGAGGUGGGUCGAAUUUGCUGAAAGUGUGAAGCAGGUUCGUGCUUUUGUGGACCACAGUGACAAGACACAUACUUUUGCCUUCGUCGAGGGCAGAUUGGUGCAAGCAGUCCGUGAAGGCGGGUGGGUGCUGUUGGACGAAGUCAAUCUGGCACCCUCAGACACUCUGGAUCAUAUCGUCAGUCUACUACAUAACGGGGAUGAAGAGAAGCCGUCAUUACUUCUUACCGAGGCAGGUAAUAUCGAGACCAUCAUUGCUCAUCCAGACUUUCGAGUCUUUGCCGCGAUGAAUCCUGCAACCGAUGCAGGAAAGAAAGACCUCCCACCUGCCCUGAGAUCACGAUUUACCGAGAUAUAUGUCCCCUCUGGUGACAGCAGUCUGGAGGACUUGGUGAAGAUUAUUCAGACCUAUCUGGGAUCCCUGCUUGAUAAUGACAAACGAGCUGCCCUUGAUCUGGCGAACUCGUACCUCGAGCUGAAGAAGCUCAAUGAAGCACAUCAGCUUACCGAUGGGGCAGGCGACACACCGCAUUUCAGCAUUCGAUCUCUCGUUCGGUGUUUGUUAUAUGUCUUGCAACACAGCGCAAGCCACGGGCUUAGACGUGCCAUGUACGAGGGAUUCUCGAUGAGCUUUUUCACAGUCCUGAGCAGAGCAGCCGAAAAUCUAGCCCUGGCCUCGCUUGAAAAGCACCUAUUCUCCGGUAUCAAGAACCGCAAAGCAUUCUUCAGCCAACAGCCCAAGAUGCCGCAGAACGGGGAGGACUACAUUGCAUUCAGGCAUCACCUCGUCAAGAAAGGCCCUGCAGCUCCAGACUUCCAACCACAUUAUAUCAGAACACCCUCCGUUGAGCGCAAUUUACUCAAUCUGGCUCGCGCCACCUCCAUGCGGCGCUUUCCUAUUCUUCUACAAGGUCCAACAUCGGCUGGGAAGACGAGCAUGGUGGAGUAUCUCGCAAAGUUGUCAGGGAACAAAUUCGUCAGGAUCAACAAUCAUGAGCACACAGACCUUCAAGAGUAUCUGGGCAGCUAUAUGUCAGACACCGACGGCAAACUCGUAUUCCAAGAAGGUGUCUUGGUGAACGCGCUGCGUCUUGGACACUGGAUUGUGCUCGACGAAUUGAACCUGGCUCCAAGUGAUGUGCUCGAAGCUCUGAAUCGCUUGCUCGACGAUAACAGGGAACUACUCAUUCCAGAGUCUCAGGAAAUCGUGCGUCCGCAUCCCAACUUCAUGCUCUUCGCCACGCAGAAUCCGGCUGGCUUGUACGGAGGACGCAAGCGGCUGUCUCGAGCCUUUAGAAACCGCUUCCUCGAAAUCCACUUUGACGAUAUUCCAGAGGAUGAAUUGGAGAUAAUACUGCGAGAACGGACCCAGAUUGCUCCAUCGUUCUGCACCAAGAUUGUCGCUGUUUACAAGAAGCUGUCCCUUCUCAGACAAUCCUCCAGAUUGUUCGAGCAGCGAAACAGCUUUGCCACACUGCGAGACUUGUUUCGAUGGGCUUCGAGACCUGUGGAUGACUGGCAGCAAUUGGCACAUCACGGCUUCAUGCUCUUGGCUGAACGAGUCAGGGAACCUGCAGAGCGCGCCGUGGUCAAGAAGAUUCUCGAGGAAACUAUCAAAAUUGUCAUUGACGAAAGCAUUCUGUAUGGCGUUCCGCGGAUUCCGAACACCGUUCAGCACCAUGAUUCGAUUGUGUGGACUCCAGCGAUGAGACGAGUCUUUGUUCUUGUGUCUGAGGCAUUGAAAAAUCACGAACCGGUUCUCUUGGUCGGCGAAACUGGAUGUGGAAAGACUCAAAUCUGUCAAGUGAUUGCCGAAGCGUCUGGUACGCCGCUCGACAUCUACAACGCACAUACGAAUACUGAAACCGGUGAUCUUAUUGGUUCUCAGCGACCAAUUCGUAACCGUUCCGAGCUUGCCAACCAUGUACGGGCAAGUUGGAAGGACUUGGUCCACUCCGGACCUGAUGGCACUUUGGCUGACAACCUGGACCUUGACGAGAUCGUGGAAGCGUUUAAGGGAUUGGAUAAAUCGAGUUAUGACCCCAAGCUCGUCGAGCAUCUCAGGGCUAGCAUCGGGGCAUACGAAGCUUUGUUUACUUGGAACGACGGAAGCCUCGUUCGGGCGAUGAAAAAGGGUGAAUAUUUCUUGCUCGAUGAGAUUUCGCUGGCCGAAGACUCUGUUCUUGAGCGCCUGAACAGUGUCCUGGAGCCUUCCCGGACAAUCUUGCUCGCGGAAAAGGGCUCUACUGACAAUCUCGUUGUCGCACACCCAAGAUUUCAAUUUCUCGCCACAAUGAAUCCAGGCGGGGACUACGGGAAGAGGGAGCUGUCGGCGGCACUACGAAAUCGAUUGACUGAGAUCUGGGUACCUCCUUUGUCUGAAGAAGCAGACCUCCUACCUAUCAUCGAGAAUAAACUAAGGACAGGGAAAAUGGACCUGGCCAAGAAGAUGCUCCAGUUUGCCGCCUGGUUUCGUACCGAGUUCCAUAAUGCGGCGUCCAAGAGUAUCGCAUUGCGAGAUCUGUUGGCCUGGGCAGACUUUAUCAAUCGGGCUGAGUCACUGGGCGAAGAGUCAGCUUUCGUGCACGGGGCUUUCAUGGUCUAUAUUGAUUCUAUUGGGGCGAAUCCAGCUGGGAUGACCUCCAUGGGUUCUGGAGACUUGAAUUGGUCAAGGCAAAAGUGUCUCAAUCACUUACAAACUCUGAAUUCGCAGCUGCAGACAGCCGAUCUCGUCUUCAACGCUCCGACUACCGCCAAAAAUACCAUGAGGAUCAUUCGCGCUUUACAAAUGCCCAGGCCCAUCCUGUUGGAAGGUAGUCCUGGCGUAGGCAAGACGGCAAUAGUGACAGCGCUUGCCCAGGCUUGUGGGAGGGAGUUUACUCGAAUCAACCUGUCCGACCAGACAGACCUUAUGGAUUUGUUCGGCGCAGAUGCUCCCUCCGAGAACGAGGGAGUAGGGAAGUUUUCAUGGCAAGACGGACCUCUCCUCAAGGCCAUGCAGUCCGGUGGAUGGGUCUUGCUCGAUGAAAUGAACCUGGCAUCUCAAUCCGUUCUGGAAGGACUGAAUGCCUGUCUGGAUCACCGUCGAGAAGUAUAUAUUGCGGAGCUGGACAAGUCUUUCAUCUGUCAUCCGGAUUUCACCCUGUUUGCUGCGCAAAAUCCUCAUCAUCAAGGUGGAGGUCGGAAAGGACUUCCGGCUUCCUUUGUCAAUCGAUUCACCGUCGUCUACGCGGAUUCUUUCCAGCGCGUGGAUUUGGUUCGCAUUUGCGAGUCCAGGUUUCCAGAAGUCGACGGCGAACAACUCGAGAGUGUGAUUAACGUAGCCUCACAGCUGGAGCAGGCGAUUGCUCAAAACACAGCUUUUGCGCAUGGAGGGCCUUGGGAGUUGAACCUCCGUGACGUGAAUCGGUGGCUUCAACUAUGCAAAGAGCAGCCGAUGAUUCCCUCGUCCUAUCACCUCCGUACUAUCGUGACAGAACGUUUUCGCACGCCUGUCCAAAGAGACCUCGUCCUCAAGGAAGCUGGAUCAGGCUACACUUCCACAACACCUGAGAGCUAUUACCACAACAUGACUGAAACUCUUAUUCAAGUUGGCAAUGCCUUUCUACCUAGGGAUCCCGUUUUGCAGAGCACUGAAGCGCCAAACACAGCUCCGUCGGCACGCCAACUUCCCGCUUCAAAUUCUAUCAUGACCGCUGUUAAACAGAACUGGCCGAUCAUCGUGGCCGGUCCCUCUGGCUCUGGAAAGACAACUCUAAUUCGGUAUCUCGCAGCUGCAGCGGGGGUCGAGCUCAUCGAGUUCUCAAUGAACUCGGACGUGGACACGAUAGACCUUGUUGGUGGUUUCGACCAGUACGACCUCCGCCGUGACAUCAGCAGGUUCCAGACCAAAGUACGAGAAGUGCUCCGAGAACGAAUCGCGGCGUCCCUGGGCAAUAAAGCUGAUGGGGAAUGCCAAUCUCAACUGCUGAGCCUGUGGCGAUUCUUCGAAGGCGAUGAUACAGAAGUCCCUGAACUUCGGGCAGCGAUAUUAGAUUUGGCGUCUGUUUUGCCGGAACUUCGAACACAAGUCGAAAUGAUAUCAAGGCUCCUCGAUUCAAGUGAUCAUCAAAGCUUGCGGUUCGUAUGGAAUGAUGGCGUGCUCGUCGAUGCUGUCGAGAAGGGUUCGUGGCUGUUGCUCGAAAAUGCCAACUUGUGCAACCCAUCCGUUCUGGACAGGCUGAAUUCAUUGCUCGAACCAGGUGGAUCGCUGGCCAUUAGCGAGCAACACAGUGGGAGCACCGGGACGAGGAUCAUUGAGCCGCAUCCGAAUUUCAGGAUAUUUCUGACAAUGGACCCACGCUACGGGGAGCUUUCGAGGGCGAUGAGGAAUCGAUCGCUCGAGGUCUUUAUGCCUGAUAUCUAUGAGAGCCAUGAUGUUGCUGCAGUCCAGUACCCGGUAGCUUCUGCCCUCACCCGCUUGCGAUAUUUGUCGGAAACCUCUGGUCAAAUUCGACAAGCUCACAGUGUCGAAGCCGCGGUUGACAAUCUUGAUCAUGCAGACAUGAUGUUGGUCUCAGACGCGAAUUUCCCCAUACCUGCUUCUGAUCCUGACCAUUUACUGCAACACGAGAUCCAAAAGAGAAGUCUACUCGAGGUGGAAAGCGUGUAUCAAACCUUUGCUUCUCUGAGUCUUUCUACAGACCACCGAUUUCCGCAAAUGAUUGUGCUCAACGAGCCACUGGUCUUACUUGAAGCGUUCUCUAAGGAUGCGCUCUCAAAGUCUUCGUUCACAGAGCUGUUUACCAGGUACUGGUAUAUCACGCGGCAGUUGGCAGAAAUCAGUUCGAUCAUGUCGAACGCAUCAAGUCGAGCCAAAACUCUCGCUGUCAAAGACCAGACCAUCCUCGAGCGAUCAACCUCUGUCUCCAAGAGAGAAGCAGUUGGGACAGUGCCCAAAAUUGCGGCAUUUGGCAGGCUUGUGAUUUCAUCAAUGUCAGAAGUCAUUCGCAGAGAGAUCCAGAUGAUGAGCAAUUUGGACAUGCCAGAAGUUAUCGCACAGAUCCUGACUUUUGCCCAAGAGCUCAUACUCCUUUGGAACACAAAAACGAGCGAUAUGGCUGUUUUUCAGGCAUAUCUACAAGUCGGAGGUGACUUGAUGCACCGCGUUCAGCAAGAGUCUCCAGAGAUCUCCUCUCAAUUCACAUCGUGUUUGCAGGCUUUGGGGGAUCAUAAUCCAAGACUGAAGACUGGAUUCGGACUGCAGCACAUGUGGCCAAGAUUCCGCCCAAAGACAGCAAGCACUUGGUCACAACUCAACUGUCAGAUUCAACUGGAAGAGCUCAUCGGGAGAUUCGAUCUCGCCUGUCGCUCAUUGUCACAACCUCGAAGCUCACUCUCGGGUCUGAGGCGCAGACUGCAAGAUGCGUAUGUGUCCGUUAUCGAGUCAGGACAAUCAGAAACCCUAAUGCUGGAUCUUCAAGAAGUUGUGUCAAGGCUGCAGGAGCAAUCCACGAAGGGAUUUCUUCUUGAAGGAAAAUUUGAGAACGUCAUCAGAUUCAUAUACCAGGCAGUACAGUCGCAGAAGUGCAUUACGGACGAGACACACCUCGGAAACCUGGCCAUGUUCAUACACCAGUCUGAGAGACCAUCACUUGCUCUUGGGCCCGAGAUUUCUGUGCCCACUUCAUUGGCCCGCCUUGCUUCCCUAAAUGCUGAUAUUCUGCUGGACGAUGGCUCGAUUGGAUUGCAAUUGAGUGCUCAGCUUGCCUCAGCUCAACAGCAACCUCUCGGCGCCCUAAGUCAUGCGAAAGAAGAACUACGAACACUGACGAAAGCGCUGGCAACCCACACAUCUUUACUUGGCAACAUCGUCUCUCCGUUGAAGGACGACCUCCUCUCAAUUCUGGAAGGCCUGAUGUCUUCCUUCCAUGCUCUUUUGACGCCGGAGGCAAGGUCAUGCUUUCCCGAAGGAGGUACAGCAGACAUAUCUCAGCUAGCCACCAUGUCAAGCAACGAUAUAUUUUUGAAGGGGCCCAACAGCGAGAUUCUCAGCCAAGUGUACGACAAACUGAUUCUCCCUGUCGUGCUGCAAUUACAGGUCGGAGAUAAGUUUAAUCCUCAGGAGCUCAAAACAUGUCUUGUUACCUUGUCCCUCGCUGGCCUCAUCCUCAUGGUACCAGAUAAGCCCUUGGACCCUGCAACAUACCCGAAGAUCGUGUAUCAUCUCCAUGAACGCCGACAGGGCGAGCUGGUUUCCCGAAUCGAGGGGCAAAGGCAAUUCCACCGGCAAAUGAUGGGGACGGACACAGCUCUUGUUAUCCGGAUCCUGCAACAAGAGCUCCUCAAGUUGGGUACCGUCUCCCCGCCCCAAGCGGUGGUAAGGCCAGGCAAAGACGAACUCUUCAAGCUCCAGGAGAUCUUUACGAGAAUUGUCGCUGUCGUCCUGGACUACCAGGGUACUCAGGGACUGCGACCGGGCAGUGCGGAAUGGAUCGAGCAAUGGUCUAGCCAACAAGGAAUGUCAAAUCUGAGGACCAUUAUUGAACGACUCGAGAGCUCCCAUCGAGCGUUCGAUGACUUUACGAAGCCGAUUCUAUGGUUCUUGAGAUGCCUGUAUCUUGCUUUGGAGCUUGAGAUUGAGGAGAGAAGUCGAACCAGCAAACCGGUAGCUCUUCACGAACUUAUCAACAGUACCCCUCUAUUGGGUGAUAACCCUGCUACUGUUCAACAUUGGAAACCCCGUCAUGCUGCAUCUCCAGCAGUGAAACUUCACUGGCUGGAUUAUAUCGGAGUGAGAACUGCUCUAACAACAAAGGAAGAUGGCCUCCUCACCGAGGAGUUCCUCAGGGUCAUCGACAGCUAUUACUUCGAAUGGAAAACUCGCCUGACUCAAGACCAAGCCGACGCUGCAACGAGGUCUCGCUACUACACUUACCGAGGGGACACCUUUGACGACGAGGCAGGCGAAAGUCGCGAAAUUAGGGAGAUGUUUCCACAAUUUGAAGACGGAGAUGACGACGUGGCCGCUGAGGCGCAUCAACAAGAAUUCAACGCUCGUGCUACGGCGACACAACUCAGUACGCUACAUCAGAAGAUCUACACCAGACGAAACCCGCAGGAAGCCGUCGAAGCAUUCAUUCUGUCUACCUUGGAGCUAAUGCCCAAGAUCCCUGGGGCUGCCGGGGCCACUGGACAUUCGUUUCUCGACCUUCUACCAGCCGUCUUUCUGCAGCUGCAAGCAAAAAUGGACGAGUUCGCUGGCGACAACAGUGCCCGCGCCUUCAACAUAUAUACCGACUCGGACGUCAAGCAAAGCCAGAAGCUGCUGGAUAUGGUGCACGACAUUCAAUCAAGAUUCUACACCAUCCAGGAGAAAUGGCCUGAACACGCAGUCCCAGCCGAGGUCCUGUCAUUUUGUAACGAAGUCCUCCGUCUGAGCUUCGGUGAUCCCAUCGCCAAACUUCUGACCAAGACAGAGAAGCUGUACGAGAUCGUGUCGCAAUGGCAAAGUAUUGCUAGCAGGGAGUGGUCGGUUAGCACACUUGUCGAGCAGCUAUCGUCACUGAUCAUUAGCUGGAGACGUCUGGAGCUCCUGUCUUGGUCAAGGCUACUGGAUGAAGAGAGGCGUAAACACGAAGAAGACGCUCAAGCUUGGUACUUCAUCGCCUAUGAGGCUGUCAUCCACAACUCCAGAAACCUCGACACCGGGGAUGGAGGUUUUGUUUCUUAUCAACGACAUCUGGUCGUAACCCUGCAGGAGUUUCUCGGAUCUGCGACGUUGGGUCAAUAUUCGGCCCGCUUGCGGCUGCUCGACACGCUCAAUAGGACCUUGCAGUGCAUGACAGGUACCCAUCAGCACCUCCAAGCGAUCACUGCCUGCGUACAAAACGUCAUUGAUCAUUAUCGCCGGUAUGAGGGUGGUGUCGAGGACAGGUUGCACAAAGAUCGUGCUGGACUCGAGAAGGCUUUGAGCGAGCAGAUCAAACUAGCAAGCUGGAAGGAUACGAAUGUCACAGCUCUCCGUGAAAGUGCACGUCGAUCGCACCACAAGUUAUUCAAGAUCGUGCGCAAGUAUCGUGCGCUCCUCAACCAGGGUGUUGUAUGUUCGGCGCCUGAAGACUCGAAGCAAGAUUCUCCAACAAGCGGCGUGGCAGAUCUUCUCACGCCUCGCUACAACCAUGAGCUAGUCGCAGAUGCACUGGGACGAUGUCGCCUGCUGAUCGAUGAUUGGACUUCACGACCUGAGCGUCUUACGCAGCCGCUCGGCGCAAUGAGAAGCAUGCAACAUGUGUACAAGUCAAAGGAUUCUGGAUUCCAAGCGCACAUGGAGAUCGCCUCCUUCCGAGAAGACCUGCUUGAAACGACAAAGCAGUUGAGGACGCAGACGCCAUCAGCAUUGACAGAGGACAACGCUUCGUUUGUCCGCCACCUCCAGGAGAGGAAGAGAAGACUGCUCGCCGAUACACUGAAAGCAGUUGCGCACAUGGGAAUCAGACGAAAUCUCCCGACCUCUGAGCUUGAGCGGCAAUCGUCGUGUGCCACGAUCCUCGCGUUGGUGGCAGGUUCACCAGUGAGUCCACAUGGGUCAGCCGAAUCCGAUGCCAACGCCUCAUUCCACCAAUUGCUCGAUGUCAUGCCGGAAGUUCGCGCAGCUCGGGCGGAUCAUUCUGACGACCUCACCGAAGGCGAAAUCAACCGCUCUGUUGGCCUUUUGGAAGGCUUGCUGUCCCUAACAAUCCGUCAGCGGCAAGUCAGUCCACAGCAAGCGUCCGACACUGAGGGAUUGAGCUCUCUACUGUCGAUGCUCAGAUCCGUGGUGUCAUCUUCGUCUGGCCAGAUUCUGCGAUCUUCCGCUUCCGCUCACAAUAUCGACUUUGUGCUAGAACGCCUCGCGUGGCUCGCAGAGAUCUUGAAUAUUGCCCGUCACAUCUUGACGUUCCAGGCAGAACAAGGAGAGUUUGACAUCAAAGGCUGCUUGGACUUACUCAGUUCUUACACUACUCAGAUCAAAGACUUGAGAACCGGUCUUCUUGGUUUGCCUGCAGCACCCGUGGGGAUGGCGUGGGAGACGUCACAGGCACUGACGGAGAAGUUUCGCGACCUCGUUUGUCAACUCAGAUCUUUCCUCGUGGAAUGGCAAGUCAACGAGCCUCGUAUCGAGUACCUCAUGCGCAAGAUCGUUCCCUGGACUGAGAUGAUGCCGCAACCGACGACGAACGGAACACAACUUUCUCCGGCGCAUUUCUCUGUUCGAGAGCUGGACCAGAACCUAAAGGACGUGGUAGAUCAGGUUUUCGUGGCAAUGCAACGCCUGUCUUCCCUGUCGUUGGAGAUGCCCAGCUCGGAGGAAGACCAAGGAUGGCUCUCGAACUCGGACAAGCACAUCGUCGAGGCACUGCGCGUGCUGCAGCUGAGCACUAUCAGCAACCGCCUCGAGGUAUCAGUGAUGCACAAACUUCAAUUCCUUGUUCCCGAGGACUUUGAAGCCGCCAAGAACUUGUUACUCGUGGCGAUGCCAGUCUUGGACCAGUAUUACCACAUAUGCGAGCAUCUCCAUCAGCGGCAUGUUGCGCUGCACCUGGAGACGUCCCGCCUUGCCUUGCAGCUGGCCAGGUCUUUCACGUCGAUGGCAAAACAGGGGUUCUGUCGUCCCUCGGAGCCUGCAGAUGGUGAGGAGCAGACAGGCAAACUAGAGUCCGGGACCGGGUUAGGGGAAGGAGAAGGCGCCGAGGAUAUCAGCAAGGAUGUCCAAGAUGAUGAAGACCUGUCUGAGCUUGCACGCGAAGGGCAGAAGGAAGAGAGAGACGGAGAAAUGGAAAAGACAGAAGAUGCGGUUGACAUGGACAAUGAGGACCUUGAAGGUGAAAUGGGUGACUCUGACGAGAAACGCUCGGACCAAGGCGAUGACAAGGACCAGUCAGGUGACGAGGAGCAAAACGACAUCGACGAAGAGACCGGCACUGUUGACGACCUUGACCCCAAUGCUGUGGACGAGAAACUCUGGGACGACCUCAAGAACGAGUCGGAGAAAGAGAGGGAGAUGAAGAAUGACAAAGCGAAGGGGCAAAAAUCAGAUGAUCAGACUGCAGGAGAUGGGAACCGGGACGAAGGAGACGACGUGGAAGAUAUGGAGGGGCUAGAGGAGGAGGUCGACCAAGACGGCGAAGACCAAGAUGAGGGAGGAGAGCGUCCUGAAGGCCAACAAAUGGACGAACAUGUCGAGGAAGAGAAGGCCCUGGACCUUCCCGAGGAGCUGCAGUUGGCCGGUGACGAGGAGAUCAAGGACGAUGAUAUUUCAGAUGAUGGCAUGGAAGAGUUGUCGGAUAUAGACAACCCGAAGGAGGAAGUCGACGGCGAUGGUUUGGAAGACGCUCAGGAGACUGAACAGCAGGAGGAUCAUUUCGGUAAAGACACCGACGAGAACGAAACCGACACAGGAGAAGAACAGGCCGAGAGUGGGGUGGCUCAAGACGAUGAGAUUAUGGAGGAUCAGCCCGAAGCAGAGGAAGACGAAGAGGAGGGCGAUCGUGACACCCGCGAAGACGACACUGCUCACGAUGUGGAGGAAACCGCUGGUGGAGAGUCUGGAGCAGCAAACGAGGUCCAGGAGAACGUCGAUGCCGAACAGAACGUCGAGGGUAUGAACCAGGCUGACACGGAGCCAAACCCACAACAAUCUCAGCCCGGCAAGGCGUCGGAAGAUGAAGAACAAGGAAAGACCGGCACUGGAGCCUUUGAGCGCGGCGCCGGACGGGCAGAAGAUCUCGAGUAUCAGCAGAACCAAUCGUUGAAGCAGUUGGCGGAUGUACUCGACCGAUGGCAUCAACGUCGCGAAAUCCUGCCAGCAUCGGAAGAGCAAGAACGGGCAAACGACCAAGGAGAUGUGGACAUGGCAGAUGUGGAUUUCGAGCACGUGCGGGACGAAGAUGAGGGCGACGCACAGGCCCUUGGUGCCGCAGCGACAGAUCAGGCUCAAAAUCUUGACCCCAGCAAAGCCAUAGAAGACGAAGACGCGCCCAUGGACGAGGAUACAGCCCUUCCGGACGUUUUGGAGCCGGAGAUGCAGGAAGAUAUCGCGGAGAGAUUCAGCCGUCUCAAGGCCCAGGCCAAUCCAACAGGGGAAGCGCGAGAUGGAGGUGCUUUCGUGCCUGACCAUCAGACCCAGUCGAGGGAAUAUGACGGACAGCCAGAUUCUGGCGACACAGCAUCUGAAGAUUUAUCGCCUGACAUCGAACACCUCGAGCUCCGCGGCGGCGACCAAGCACACCCGGCUCCCCUUCCAACGAGCAGCUCCAACGCCGCGCAGCUUUGGCAGCAGUGUUCGGCCAGCACGCACCAAUUCUCACUCGUGCUCACGGAACAACUCCGCCUCAUCUUGGCACCUACGACGGCCACGAAGCUUCGCGGCGACUAUCGCACCGGGAAGCGGCUCAACAUCCGCCGCAUCAUCCCUUACAUCGCGUCCAACUACAAGCGGGACAAGAUCUGGAUGCGGCGCUCGGUGCCCAGCAAGCGCAACUACCAGAUCAUGGUGGCCGUGGACGACAGCAAGUCCAUGAGCGAGUCCGGGGCCGACGUCCUCGCGUUCGAGACGCUGGCGCUCCUAACAAAGUCCCUGGCCAUGCUCGAGGUCGGGGAGAUCUGCGUGGUCGGGUUCGGCGACGCCCCGGCCGUCACGGUCGCGCACCCCUUUGGCCGGCCCUUCUCGCCGGCCGAGUCGGGCCCCCAGGUCUUUCGCUCGUUCAGCUUCGAGCAGCGCGGCACGGACGUCAAGGGCCUGCUCAGACAGAGCAUCCGUCUGUUCCGCGACGCGAGGACUCAACAGUCAGCGGGCAGCAGUGCACAAGAGCAGUGGCAGCUCCAACUGAUCGUCAGCGACGGGCACUGUUCCGACCACGCCGGGAUCGCGAGAUUGGUCCGCCAAGCGCGCGACGAGGAGCGCAUCGUGAUUGUCUUUGUCAUUGUCGACGCCGGCGACGAAAGUAUCCUCGAUCUCAAGGAAGCGGUGUUUGAGCCCGAUCCCAGCCACGCCGUGUUGUUGGGUGGUGGUGGUGCCGGCACUUCUUCAGGCCAAGGAAUCGGCGAAAUGCGAGUCCGCACAAAGAGAUACCUCGACGGGUUUCCUUUUCCGUACUAUCUCGUCGUCAGGGACGUCAGGGACUUGCCGGGUGUGUUGGCGACAGCGCUCAAGGGGUGGUUUGGGAGUGUCGUCGACGUGCAGGGGUGA